AUGAGCAAACGAACAUUUGUUGCAGAACAGGAGCGCACAGAAGGGUGCACACAUGUGUUACUCAUUACAACUGGCAGCGUCGCCUCCAUCAAAGCACCACUAAUCGUUUCUGAGCUGAUGUCCUACGAGAGUGUAAAGGUCGAAGCUGUGGCGACCAAAGCCUCACUGUCAUUCUUCGACGUCGGCGCGGUGGAACGAGCAGGCGCAAGGGUUUGGCGAGAUGAGGACGAGUGGUCUUCAGACGGUGGUUACAGGAUCGGUGAUCCUAUCCUGCACAUAGAACUGCGACGAUGGGCGGAUAUUGUCCUCAUCGCGCCGUGCUCGGCGAACACGAUAGCAAAGAUCGCGCAUGGUAUUUGCGACAACUUGGCGACGUCUCUACUCCGCGCACUUGCACCUACAACGCCUACAUACGUGUUCCCCGCGAUGAACACGCUUAUGUACGAGCACCCCCUCACAGCCGAGCAGCUCACGGUAAUACGCGAGGUGAUCGAAUAUCAAGUUGUCGGUCCAAUAGGCAAGGCACUCGCAUGUGGUGAUGUUGGUAUGGGAGCCAUGGCGGAAUGGAAAGACAUCGUUCAAAUCGUGGUGGACGAGUUUCAUUUGACAAGAAAAUAG